AUGUCCCUAUCGUCCCCAUCUCCACCACCUGCUCUCAGAUCUCUGACGCCUGCUCUCAAAUCUCCGUUGCUUGCUCUCAGAUCUCCGUCGCCUGCUCUCGAAUAUGUGUCGCUUGCUCUCAAAUCUCCAAUGCCUGCUCUCCGAUCUCUGUCGCCUGCUCUCCGAUCUCCGUCGCCUGCUCUCCGAUCUCCAUCGCCUGCUCUCGAAUAUGUGUCGCUUGCUCUCGAAUCUCUGCCGCCUGCUCUCAAAUCUCUGACUCCUGCUCUCGAAUCUCCAAUGUCUGCUCUCAAAUCUCCGGCGCCUGCUCUCGAAUCUCCGAUGUCUGCUCUCGAAUCUCCAACGCCUGCUCUUGGAUCUCCAUUGCCUCUCAUUCAGUCAAUCGCAACUGUGGAUGCUAUUACUUCACUCGAUGCUGUGUCUAAUGCAGACAAGAAUAUCCCUACCGAAAGCCAAACGAUUCCUGCACCAAAACCUGUUAAAAUUACGAUUAUGAAUCCACUUUCUACACUCGCUCUAUGUGCCGCAAACAUGCAGUUCCCACCACCUCCAUCUCCACCAGUAGUAGUCAAUCCUGUGCUCGGGUGCGCAGUCCAAAAGGCGACCACAAGCACUGCUGAGCCAUUGUCGAAGCCAAAGAAAGCCAAGGGGAAGAUGCGUCCAAGUCAAACAAAGAAUGGACGUAACUUAUGUGCCCAUCGCUGGCUCAAACAGAUCAAAACGAAUGGGACGACUGACGAGUUUGGUGUAUAUUAUAUGGGCCUUGCUGAGAAUCAGCGCACGGCUUACGAUAAAGAGGCUGCUGAACUUGUUGCCACCGACAAAUGGGACAAGACUGUCGGGCAAGGCAAGAUGUACUAG